GAGACUCCAUUAAUGAUAGUUCAUCGUCUUCCUUCUCAUCCAUCUCUGGUGUUAGGGUUGAGAGUUAGAGGCUGCCUGCUCGGUUGCCUUUCUCGGCGUCGUUGCCCAAUCUUUGUGGGUUUCAUUAAACCAGAUCAGUAACAGACGAAAUCUGAGCUAUCAAAACCUCGAUGGAGGUCAAAGAUUAUUAUACAAAAGAUGGUACAACUGACAUUCAUGGCAAUCCUGCUGAUAGGAAGAAAACUGGCAACUGGAGGGCUUGCCCUUAUAUUCUCGCAAACGAAUGCUGUGAAAGACUGGCAUAUUAUGGAAUGAGUACCAAUCUGGUAAACUACAUGAAAUUUCGUCUCCAUGAAGGCAAUGCUACAGCAUCGAAGAAUGUCAAUAACUGGUCUGGAACCUGCUACAUCAUGCCGCUCCUUGGAGCUUUCAUUGCCGAUGCCUAUUGGGGUAGAUAUUGGACGAUUGCAGUGUUCAUGAUCAUAUAUAUCAUUGGCUUGAUUCUUCUAACCAUGACAGCAUCUGUGAAAGGACUGAAACCAUUGUGUCAUGAUGGUAUAUGUGACCCAACUACUGGACAAAUUGCAGCAGUUUUCGUUGCCUUGUACUUGAUUGCCCUUGGAACAGGAGGUAUAAAGCCCUGUGUCUCUUCCUUCGGGGCGGAUCAGUUCGAUGAAUCUGAUGAGUCUGAGAAGCGAAGCAAGACCUCAUUCUUCAAUUGGUUCUACUUCUCUAUAAACAUUGGGGCGCUCGUUGCUGCCUCUGCAUUGGUUUAUAUACAGACGCAUGUGGGCUGGGGAUGGGGGUUCGGGAUUCCGGCAGUGGCAAUGGCUAUUGCUGUCGUUAGCUUCUUCGUUGGUUCUCCAUUGUAUAGACACCAGAAACCUGGAGGCAGCCCGCUUACGAGAAUUGCUCAGGUUCUUGUUGCAUCAGUUAGGAAAUCUGGUGUGAAGGUUCCAUCAGAUAAAUCUUUGUUGUAUGAGGUUUCUGAUAAAGAGUCUGCUAUCGAAGGUAGCCGCAAGCUUGAGCACACGGAAUUACUGAAGUUCUUUGAUAAAGCCGCCGUGGAGACGCAGGAGGACAAAACGAAGGUCCCCAUAAAUCCAUGGAAGCUCUGCACAGUCACCCAAGUCGAAGAACUCAAGAGCGUUGUUCGACUCCUUCCUAUAUGGGCCACCGGCAUCAUCUUCUCCACAGUGUACAGCCAAAUGGGCACCAUGUUCGUUCUCCAAGGAAACACUCUCGACCCUCACAUCGGCCCCAACUUCGAGAUCCCCUCGGCUUCCCUCUCCAUCUUCGACACCAUCAGCGUCAUCGUCUGGGUUCCAAUCUACGACCGCAUCGUCGUCCCAUUGGUGCGCAGAAUCACAGGCAAUCCUCGCGGCUUCACGCAGCUGACUCGUAUGGGUAUCGGACUCUUCGUCUCCAUCUUCUCCAUGGUGGCCGCUGGUCUUCUCGAGGUGGUGAGGCUCCGAAUCAUAGCCAGGCAUAACUUGUAUGACUACACAGGCUUCCUUCCCAUGUCCAUAUUCUGGCAAGUUCCUCAGUACUUCAUCAUCGGAGCUGCUGAAGUCUUCACCUUUAUUGGGCAAUUGGAGUUCUUUUAUGAUCAGGCUCCUGAUGCCAUGAGGAGCAUGUGCUCUGCGCUCUCGCUUACAACCGUUGCCUUGGGGAACUACCUCAGUUCUCUUCUGGUUACUAUUGUGACUUCAAUCUCUACGAGGAACGGGAAGCUCGGAUGGAUUCCGGAUAAUUUGAACCGUGGACAUCUUGAUUAUUUUUUCUGGCUUUUGGCUAUAUUGAGCUUGUUAAAUUUAUUGGUUUACCUUUUGAUUGCCAAGUUUUAUACUUAUAAGAAGCCGGCGCAGGUCGAAGGUUGAUGUUCCUGCCUCUGCGUUAGAGGAAGAUGUAGAAGAACAGAGUAAAGAGAUUUUUGUGCCAUAAAUAUUGGUUAAGUUUGUGUUACAGAAUUUGGUUUUAGAUUGCUGAGUUGUAUCGGGCUCUUGUUAGCCUCUGCAUCAUUAGCCUGUGUAACUUAAGAUUAGUAUUUGGUAACUAAGUUUACAGUUUGUUUUGCUAGAAAAUGUUUAGGAUUGGUUUCUUACCUGUGAUUAUGCAGUUGAUUAUUUCUAUGAGGUUUAUGAUAGAGGG